CACGUGGGUCACGGGGGCCGGAGCCGUGGCAGCUGCCUGCAAGCUUAAAUCCUCUCCCCUCGGCAUCAGAUUCAGCACCUUCAUUCCUCCUCCUGUCGUUUUAAUCAUGACUGACUUGUCGAGGGUGAAUGAAGCGGAGCGGAUCUGCUUCAUCACCCGAGUCCAGAGCUUCAGCGCCUGCCACCGACUCCACAGCAUCCACCUGAGCGAUGAGGAGAAUAAAAAGGUCUAUGGAAAGUGCAACAACCCCAACGGGCAUGGACACAACUACAAAGUGGAGGUGACUGUGCGUGGAAAGAUCGAUCGUGUCACUGGCAUGGUCAUGAACCUGACUGACCUAAAGAAGUGUAUUGAGGAAAUCAUCAUGGUGCCGAUGGACCAUAAAAAUCUGGACAAGGACGUCCCGUACUUUGCCAAUGUUGCCAGCACCACCGAGAACGUGGCGGUUUUCAUUUGGGACAACAUGGUGAAGGCCGUUCCCCCAAACCUGCUCUACGAGAUCAAGAUUUACGAGACAGAUAACAACAUCGUCGUGUACCGCGGGGAGUAAAAGCCUGAGUUGCCCUGAAAGUGCCUUUAACCUUUCCUGUGACAUCAUCGUUGUUACUCUCACAUUCCAGAGGUGGCGAAGAAAAUCCAGACGUUUAGCAUUUUUGGAGACUUUAUAUUCUUGUAAAGGUCCCAUGUGGAUUGUCCACUUGAUUUCUGCUUGUGUAGCUCGUCCGAGUGGAUCCCAGAGAAAACGCUCUUGAAACCCAGAGACAAUCCAAUAUGACGCCCUAUUUUUUUUGCCCCAUUUAUAAGCCCAUUUCCAUUUGUGGGGUUUUGGGGUAGUUCUUAGGGGAAGAACCUGAACGGGGCAUGAACGCACCCUAUGCCCAUCGCUUCUUAUUCAUAUAAUGUCGCAUUUGUGGAUCAAUAAAGAAUUAAUGAGUAAAACUGAA